AUGUCCGUCGGUACGCGGUGCCUGCUGUUGGUGGUGGCGGCGCUCCUCCUCAUGCCGACCUCGGGCCCUGCACUCCUGGCCAAGGCUGCUUCCGACACCUCGUCGUCGUCAACCCUUACGGCCAGUCAUCAAGUGACACAGGCCCUGACUGCUGCAGGUUCCAGCCUGGGCAGCGCUGCUGAAGGCGCCCGGUUGCGGGGCUCGCUAGGCCGUGCGGGAGCUGCGGGGGAGCGAAGGGCGGCGGCGGAGACCGCAGCGGACAUCAUCUUUCCCUUCUUCAGGCCACCCCCGCCUCCGUGCUUUAUCCGCAUAUUCCGCGGCGAUAUCCCCAUCUGGAUACCAUGCCCCAAGCCGCCUCCUAAGCCACCGUCACCCAGGCCACCACCACCCAGGCCGCCACCGCCCCCCUGCUUCUUCACCAUCGUUUUGGGCGGCAUUCCUGUGAGGUUCCCCUGCCCGCCGCCACCGCCCCCGCGGCCCCCGCGCCCGCCGCCGCCGCUCUGCUUCAUAACGAUCGUAAUCAACGGCCGGAUCAUCAGAAUCCCGUGUGACCUGUUGAACCGCUCGCCGCCACCGUCUUCCUCACCUUGUUUCGUGAACGGUCUUGGCUCGGAUGGAACUACGCUACCCAUUCCGUGCAACCUGUUGCCGCCGCUGGCCCAGGAAUCUUGAACAACCUGCAAAACAGAUGAACAGACAUCACCCGAAGCUCGUACAUCCUCGUUGAUGCAAAGCUGUUUAGGUUGAUGGCUAUGGUGUUAAAGGUGGUGUCGAUGAUGAUGAUAAUGAUUAUUACGAGUUAAUGAUAAUGCGUGAUGGUGCAUGGAGCAACGUGUCGUGCGAGCUUGGGUUUUCCCAGAUGUCAGGGUUUUCACACACACACACACACACACUCCCACUGCGCCUUAUGAUGGUACGUCCAUGCGCGCUUGUGAUUGUGCUCGCGGAUACGGUUUUGUCUUUCUGCCUACUUAAGCCUCACAAUUAUGCUUACGCGUGUGCUCGUACGUAUUCUUAUAGCUUCGGGGAAGGGGCAGCUGGGGGCCCUUCCAUCCGCGCGCUACGGUCAGUUCGGUUGUGUACAUAAACGCGCAAGGGCGCUAGAGCGCUAGAGCGCGUUCCC